AUGGCUACCCUUCCUCCUCCCCCGAGUAAACGUCAAAAGACGGAGAUCGCCGAGAAGGCGCGUCUCCAGCAGGAAAUUGAGAGCAUUCCUAGCGACUUAGGGAGCAUUCGAGUGCAGUUCUUCGACCAAGCGACCGGCUCAGCAACAGGUCCCGCUGUGUCCGUCCCAGUGGGCGAUGCUACCGUGAAAAACCUCGAGACACUUCUCAACACAUUACAAGGCAAUGACGAUGAUGAGCGGGUACCAUACCGGUUUACCUACCAGUCCGACAACAAGGACAAGGACAGCCAGGCGAUCGAUAUUUUAGCGGACCUUUACCACUCUCUCUUGAAGCCGGGAUUGAAGACCACCGAAGAUACAGUUCACCUCUACUUCACACCGCAAGCUGUCUUCCGCGUCAAGGCCGUUUCACGAUGCUCUGCCUCGAUCGCCGGACACGGAGAGGCCAUCCUCGCAACUUCGUUCUCACCUAUCAAUUCCUCCACAAUGGUCACCGGCAGCGGUGACUCAACAGCUCGGAUAUGGGACUGUGACACGGGAACACCGCUGCACACUCUGAAGGGACACACGAGCUGGGUAUUGGCCGUCAGCUACUCCCCAAACGGAUUGAUGAUCGCGACAGGAAGCAUGGACAACACUGUACGGAUAUGGGACGCAAAGAAGGGGCAAGCGCUAGGCGCUCCAUUGAAGGGACACUCCAAAUGGAUCACCAGUCUGGCUUGGGAACCGUACCAUCUACAGCAGUCGGGGCACCCUCGUUUGGCCUCCGCGUCAAAAGAUUCGACAGUGCGCAUAUGGGACGUCAUUUCAAAACGAGCCGAUAUCGUCCUAUCCGGUCAUAAGGGGUCAGUGAAUUGUGUGCGAUGGGGCGGGACAGGAAAGAUCUACACAUCCUCUCACGACCGGUCGAUCAAAGUAUGGAACUCGCAAACCGGCACUCUCAUCCAGACAUUGUCCGCUCAUGCGCACCGCGUCAACCACCUUGCACUCUCCACCGAUUUCGUCCUCAGAACAGCUUACCACGACCAUACAGGGAAGAUCCCGGAAUCCGAUUCUGAGAAAGUUGCCGCGGCCAAGAAACGCUUCGAGCAAGCGGCCACGAUAAACAACAAAAUUGUCGAGAAACUCGUCUCCGCCAGUGACGAUUUCACAAUGUACCUUUGGGACCCAGAGAGUUCCAACAAACCCGUCGCACGGCUCCUGGGCCAUCAAAAGGAGGUCAACCAUGUGACAUUCUCGCCAGACAUGGCGUACAUCGCCUCGGCUGGUUUCGACAACCACGUCAAGCUGUGGAACGGCCGUGAUGGAAAAUUCAUUACAACUCUGCGGGGACACGUCGGCGCAGUCUACCAAUGCUGUUUCUCGGCUGAUUCACGUCUGCUGGUUUCCUCCUCAAAGGACACAACACUGAAGGUGUGGAAUGUCCGGACAGGGAAGCUUUCUAUGGAUCUUCCCGGGCACAAGGAUGAGGUAUUUGCUGUGGACUGGAGUCCCGAUGGACAGAAGGUCGGCAGUGGUGGAAAGGAUAAGGCUGUCCGUAUAUGGAGAAAUUAG